AUGGCAUCUGAAACCCAAUACGUCUCACGAGAGGUUCCACGAAUCUCGCUACACGAUUUCGAAGAUCGGAUCGAUGAAAUCACUCAUCAACUCAUCGAAGCCGCCGAGAAUGUCGGAUUCUUCAUCUUGAUCGGUCAUGGAAUUUCCAAAGAAGACAUCGAAUCCAUGUUUGCGACGUCAAAAAGUUUCUUCGAUCUACCGGACGAGGUCAAAGCAACCGUCCCCUGGAGUCCAAACAACGUCGGAUGGGAAAAGAACUCACAAGUUCGACCAUCUACCGGACAACCCGACACUAAAGAGUCCUACCAGUUGCAAUUUGGCGAGAAUAUGAACGACCUCUGGGUCAAGAACGACGACCUACCUGGUUUCCGGACCGCUUCUCUUGAUUUCAUGAAUCGCACCCAACAAGUAUCGGAAUGUUUGAUGCGAUGCUUUGCACGGGGCUUAGGGUUCCCGGAGAAAUUCUUCAUCGACUGCCAUGGAAUCUCACGACCAAACUCGCAAACCACUAUGCGUCUACUGCAUUACUUUGCGUUACCGGAAGUUUCCAACGGAAAGGUGUAUCAUCGCGCAGGGGCACAUGCCGAUUGGGACUUUUUGACUUUACUUUUCCAGAAGGACGGCCAGGGUGGUUUGGAAAUUUGUCCCGGUCGCGAGGUGGUGACGGAGUUCGGUAUUGGGGACAAAUGGACCAAGGUGGAGGCCAAGACUGGUGAGAUCGUGUGCAAUAUUGGCGAUUUACUCAUGUCCUGGUCAGAUGACCGGUUCAAGUCAACUUUCCAUCGCGUCAAGGCCCCCUGCGAGCCUGGUGACUAUUUCGGCGACCGGUACAGCAUUGCUUACUUCAAUCAGCCCUGUAAGGAUGCUUUGAUUCAGGGGCCUGCAAAGAAGUAUCCGAUGGUGACUGGGGCUCAGUUUACCGAUGCUGCUAUGAAACGAAAUUUUGCUGCCUUGCAGGAGAAGUUGAAGACGGUCGCAGCGGCAUAA